AACGCUCUUGCUGCUGCUGCUGCUGCUGCUGCGACCGCCCCUUUACGCCGUCUCGCUGCGGUGCUGCGCGCUCGCAGUCUGCUGUGGCAGCAGGCAGCGGUCGGUGCCGUCAUGGUGCGCUCGCUGAACUCCAUCGUGGCCGUAUGCCAGAACAUGGGCAUCGGGAAGGACGGCAGCCUGCCCUGGCCGCCGCUGAGGAAUGAAUACAAGUAUUUCCAAAGGAUGACUAGCACAUGCAAUGUGGAAGGUAAACAGAAUGCACUGAUAAUGGGUAAAAAAACCUGGUUCUCCAUUCCUGAGAAGAAUCGUCCUUUGAAAGACAGAAUUAAUAUAGUGCUCAGCAAGGAACUCAAGGAAACCCCUAAAGGAGCACACUAUCUUUCCCGAAGUCUGGAUGAUGCUUUAGCUCUUUUGGAUUCACCAGAGUUAAAAAGCAAAGUAGACAUGGUUUGGAUCGUUGGAGGCACUUCAGUUUACAAGGCAGCAAUGGAGAAGCCAAUUAAUCAUCGAUUAUUUGUGACCAGAAUUUUGCAGGAAUUUGAAAGUGACACAUUUUUCCCAGAAAUCAACCACAAAGACUACAAACUUCUCACAGAGUACCCAGGUGUCCCUGCUGAUAUCCAAGAAGAGAAUGGCAUCCAAUACAAGUUUGAAGUGUAUGAAAAAAAUGUUGUAGCAUGACAAGUUAGGCUUUCUAUACUUCCAUGUAAGGGCUCACAUUUUAAGUCACUAAGUCUUAUGGAGUGCAAAUUUAUAUUAAAUUAUUGAAAGAAAAUCCUGCUUGAUAAUACAAUACUUCAGGAGUGAAUUAUUACAAAAUGCACACCCCACACUCUGAAUACGCACCCUGUCAUAGAAAUAGGAGAGUGGUCAGCAGUGUGAAAGAAACAGCUUUAAGUUUUACCACAACUAACAUUGCACAAGAUCUUGCAUUGGUCUUUAUAAUCCAUGUCAGCAUCCCUAACAAUUCCACAAGUAGUGAAAGGCAUUAGACCCUCAGAGUCUUGCUCUCUAAACAGAGGAUUUGAGUAUCUCCUAAGUCAAUACAAGCAACACUGAGAAGGCAACAAAACUCCUGAGUUGGACUGGGGUGAUUUAUACAUUCAUUUCAAUCUUUAUGACUUUUGGAAAAGGUAAGCAAAUGAAGCAAGUGGAUGGAGUCUGGGAGUCUCAGGUCAUAGUUGAGGCAUACACUGUUCCUUCAUGAAGUCCUCUCUUGUCUUAGCUGUCCUGGGUACACAGCCUACUUCAAGCCUUUUGGCUGUGAUAAAGAAGUCUUAGUGUUUCCAUUAGCUUCACACCCUUGUGAAGGCUCUAUGCUCUUAUAAAGUUGCUAUGUCAGUCUGGCAUGGCCGCUUCGCAGUGUGAGAACUGCUUUCUUAACAGAUUCUGUUCUUAAGUCUCUUCUAAGUGUUAGCAGUGCAGAUGCAGUGUUAAUUUGUUAGUGUGGCAUGCAAAUAUGGAUUAAAAGCAGUUAGUGGGGUCCUAUUCCAUUAAACAAAGCUAGCACAAUGAUAUUUCGCAUUGCUAUUCCGUAAAAGUAGUAGAGCAGUGUACUGCUCCUGUAGUAACACUGUGACUACAAUGUACAAUACCAAAUAUUGACCAAAGUUGUUAAUUGCCAAUGGUGCUGCAACAUGACCAGUAAUAGUGGACUGUAACUGUGCUCUGAUGACAGGGAGUUACUCAGGCAGCAGAGGAGCUUGGACAUAAGGUACCAAUCUGUGCGUCCCUGAGCUGCAGCUCUCACCCUGGGAACGAUUGCCUACAAGGAAGGAGCAGCCUCUCUUGUGGAAGAUUGGAGACCAGAACAGUGAGGAAAAAAAAAAAGUGUUUUGAUUUUUUUUUUUAAUUAGCCAUCCAAACUCUGCUGUCUCUUUCUCCAGAGCAUUUUAUAAGCAUUGCCUUUUGAAGAUUCAAGUAAUAGUUCUCAUCCUUUAGUGCCACACUGAGGCCUGGGGUCUAAUGCCAGGGAGGCACCAGCUGGAUUUACACGGGUUGUAGUUGUACGGAGUACUGUAGCAGUACCUGGUUUUCUAAGGGAAGAUUGAACCCUAAUUUGGUUACUCUUGAAAUGCCAAUCCUCUCAGAUAGAAGAAAAGCAACUAGAAUAUCAAUUAUCAACACCUCUUGAAUUUCCCAUGGCAAUUUACAACAUGUAACUGAUAAAAAUAAAGGUUUCUUUUUGCAGCAA